UGCAACUUUGGUGCCGUGUGCAACUACGUAUUUAAGUCAAUGAACAUCAUAACAUCGGUAAUUGCCAGUACUUCCAUUUUAUAGGAAGGAAACUGUGAUCAUCAUGUGGAAGAUAAUAAUAUUAUGCACGAUCGUGGGCCUGGUGGCCGCCGAGCAGGCUACUUUUGACAAUUACAAGGUCUUUAGAAUUGCUACAACUACAAAGAAGCAGGCUGAAUUGCUCAGCCAGUUGGGAGAUGUUCCUGAUGGAUUUUCCUUCUGGCAACCACCGUCCGUGAAUAAACAAACGGAACUUAUGGUUGCCCCGCACAAGCUGCCUGAAUUCUACGAAAUAAUGGCGCAGAUUCAAGCACCCUAUGAAGUUUAUAUUGAGAAUGUUCAGGCAUUAAUCAAUCGGGCAGCGCCGAGGGUUGCAGUGACGACAUUUGAUUUUAAAAACUAUCACACUCUCGACGUAAUUUAUAAGAAUCUAGAUGACUUGGCAAAGCAAUAUCCCGAUAAAGUACAAACUGUCGUGGGCGGCAAGACGUAUGAGGGACGUCCAAUCAAAGGCGUCAAGGUUUCCUUUAAACCCAACAAUCCUGGAAUAUUUAUCGAGGGUGGCAUUCAUGCCAGGGAA